AAUGCUGCCAGGCCAUCAUGACCUAUAAAGUGACAACUCAAACUAGUUUUUCUUAAACCGAACCAUUCCACAUUACCUGUUCGCUGAAGAAGAGCCUCUGUCAACACAAUGGCGACAUCACCCCCAUCCAAGAUAUCCAAGGCCAACACCACCUUCGCUCUGGACCUUUUCAAAAAGCUCAGUGAUGCCAACAAGACCGCAAAUAUCUUCUACUCCCCCUUCAGCAUCUCUUCAGCCCUGGCUAUGGUGAUGCUGGGGACCGGGGGCAACACAUCUGCACAGAUGUCAGAGGUCCUGGGUUUUACUGAGAAAGGGCAACCAGAGCAGACAGGAGCAGAGACAAUGCAGUCGCAGAUGCAGUCGCAGAUGCAGAUGCAUCAGUCCAGAAUUCUGCCGGAGUGUGUGCGCAAGUUCCUGCCACCUCAGAAUGAUGAAGAGGAUGUCCACGCAAGCUUCUCCGAACUAAUGAGUAAGCUCAUCAAGGACGACGCUCCGUAUGCCCUCAGCCUCGCCAACAGGCUUUACGGAGAGCAGUCCUACCAGUUUGUUGAGCAUUUCUUAGCAGAAACCAAAAAGCACUACGGCGCUGAUCUGGAGUCUGUGGACUUCAAAGUCAGCGCAGAAGCAGCCAGGGUCAACAUCAACAAAUGGGUGGAGGAUCAGACUCAAGGUAAAAUUAAGAAUCUGCUUGCCAAGGGUGUGGUGGGUAGCCUGACAAGGUUGGUGCUGGUCAACGCCAUCUACUUCAAAGGGAAAUGGGAGACACAGUUCAAGGAGUAUUCUACUGUUGAUGCUCCGUUUAAAAUGAACAAGAAUGACACUAAAUCGGUGAAGAUGAUGGGACAGACCAGUACAUUUGGUCUCUCCUCAAUUCGCGAGGCCAACUGCCAGAUCCUGGAAAUGCCUUAUAAAGGGAAAGACCUCAGCAUGCUCAUCUUCCUGCCCAAUGAGAUCGAGGACGAGACAACGGGCCUUGAGAAGCUGGAGAAGGAGCUGACCUAUGAGAAAUUUGUGGAGUGGACUCACUCAGACAUGAUGGGUAAAACUAAGGUGAACGUGAGGCUGCCUCGAUUCAAGAUGGAGGAGUCGUAUAGCUUGAAAGACAUCCUGAUCAGCAUGGGCAUGGUGGACGCUUUUGAUGUCACGAUGAGUGACUAUUCUGGCAUGUCCAAGGCAAACGACCUGGUCCUGUCAGCAGUCGUCCACAAGGCUUUUGUGGAUGUCAACGAGGAGGGAACUGAGGCUGCUGCUGCCACUGCUGGAGGCUUUUCAGUAACCUCAAUGCCGCCUGAGUUCCACGCAGACCACCCCUUCCUCUUCUUCAUCCGACACAACCCCUCCAUGAGCAUCCUCUUUGCCGGCCGAUACAGCUCCCCUGAGUGAGCGCUGCUGUAUGUCCUGCAGGCAGAUCAAGAGAAAUGCGCCCCCAAAAUGUGUCAAUUGUGUUGUAUGAAUUAUUCUCAUUUUUUGUUUAAUCUUAUGAAUCCUUGUUUUACAAUACAGCAAAGUGAGGGCUGGGUCACUAUAGCUCAAUCGGUGAAACAAAUAAAGACAGAAAAUAACAGAAUAA